CAUGGCGCAGAAGCGCUCGCGGUGCAAGGGGUCCGAUGAGCUGGAGGCCGCGCUGAUCAAUCACUUCAAGGAGGCGGAUGAGCUGGACUACCCGCAUGGGCUCGCAGACGACUGCGACCCUGACGUGUUGAGCGAGUGGGAGGACAUGCUCUUGGACGUCCGCAGAGCCAUGUACCCUCACAUGGCCAUAUCGCAGUCGAAGGCCAUCCAACUCUUCGAGAAGGUCCUCGAGGAGAACGGUGCUGCGUGGGCCCUCGGUGACGAGGAGAAGGACUGGACGACGUCCAUGGCGAAGAUGCUUCGCGCCAUGUUGAGGCACGUCCAGCAAGCGGUGCUGAAGAACAUGAAGCGCGAGGGGCGCUAUCCCGACUCCUGCGCGUGGGUGCAGCCCUUCGUUGAGCAGAUGAAGAAGCUCGACGCGGCGAAGGACGCACCAGCCGCCCAUUUGCGUGGGCGAUACGGCGCGGACGGGCGCAAUGCCCAUGGUGGCGGGAUAUGGCCAGAAGGCGUGGAGACGGGAGAAACCCGCGGCCAUGGUCAUCGCACAGUCCGCGCAGCAUCGCCCAUGCAGCUGCGCUCGCCAGAGGAGCCGACGUACACGUACUCUGUUGACAUGGUCACCAAGAGAGCGUACCGCCUGGACCAGAGCAUUGCCAACCCAGCGCCAGAGUACGCCAUGCCGCUCCAGGACGACCCCCUGGCCGCCGACCACGACGAGGUGAUCGCCAAGUUCAGGGGCGGCGCCAGCGCGGUCAUCGCGGGCCUUGUGUACAAGACCAUCAGGGAGUGGAAGCAGUUGGACAAUGGUGGCAAGUGCCAGAAAGGUAGCAACAUUAUCGUCGAGCUGGUCAGUGGCACGUCCAAGUUCCAGCUGAGCAAGUGGACGAGGAAUGGCAGCCCCGAGAUGGGGAUCUGGGAGUUUCCGAAGCAGGGCAAGAAACGCAUGAUCGUCAACUUCGUGCCCCACGCGGGCAUGGUUGGGCAUGAGGAGAUGCUGGAGAAGCAGGCAAGACUGCUGGCGGCUGGGAAGACCACCAAGGAGGAGAUCGAGGUGAUCAAGCGCGCAUUCAUCAAGAAAUUCAAGGAUGAGCAGAAGGAGACCGAUACGGCGAACGUCUGCCACAUGAGACGACCAGCAGCGGCCGCGGCAAAGAAGACGAGCAGCGCCGCCAAGAAGCCCAAGCAGGUCGUUGAUCAGGGCCUUGAUGAUUUCGACGGCGACGAAGAUGCCGACGAACUUGCCGAUGUGGAAGGCUCACAGGACGACGAUCAAGAAGAUGCAUCCGAGCAGGCUGACGAGUCGGCGGGGAUGUCCAACGAUGAGAAGAGCGACCACGCGGACGGCAGGGGCGGCAAGGGCGACGAGGCCGGCACGGGCAGCAGGGGUGGCAAGCGUCACAAAUUAGACUCGACCACCAUCGCCGAUGUCAAGGCUGGCAUGCUGAAGCGACCUGCAGCAUCAGGCACCAGGGCCGCCGCGGGCGACCUGCCCCGCGGCGCCGCCGACGCUGGCCCAGGCGAUGUUGAGAUGGAGAUCUUCGGGUCUGGUGGCGGGCUCUUCGGCGCCAUGUCGAGCUUCAG